AUGAUUAUCUGCCUCGCGUCGCUACUUGCUUUAAGAGGCGGUGAUGUUCCUAAUCGCGACUCGAUCGCCGGCGGUGGGAUUAGUCGCCGUGGAGGAGCGUUGGGUAGCGGCGGCGUGAUUGGCGGCGUGAAUCACGGCGGGAAUGGCGGCGUGGGAGGAGGGGAGGAGUUUAAAGUGGAUCUAUGGGUGGAGCGAGAGAUGCUGCUCCAUGCCGAGACUGUGUACCAGGACAACAUGCGCCGUAGAUCAGAGUUCUUCGGCGGGCGAUCCCAGCCGUUGGAUUUGGAGAUGCGGCAGGAGCUGGAGAGUGUGUUGGUGGCUGCGUACCCCUGCCCCAUGGAGGAACGCCUGGGCAUUUGGGCGGACGGGGGGAAGUGGAUAUGCAACAUGAAAUCCUUCAUGCCAGAAAAACCAAUCAUCUACAGUAUAGGGUCCAAUGGGGAAUACACAUUUGAACGGGACAUUGCUGCUCGCCUGCACACCCGUCCCUUCACCUUUGAUCCGUUCCUCGACCCUGCGAUGGAGCACACCAUGAUGCGCCUGCCCUUCCUGUCGUUUGAGGCCGUCGGAUUGGCGGCGAAAUCUACGGUGGAGCAGUGGAAGGCGGAGACCAAGGGGAAAGCGUUCAUGACUCUAGAACAGGUGAUGAGAAAGCACAACCACACGCACAUAGACGUGCUGAAAAUCGAUUGUGAGGGGUGUGAAGCCGUGGUACUGUUUGACAUUCUGCCGGCUGUUGGAGUGGCAGAGGGCACUCGCCCCUUGCCGCUUGGAUCACCCCCCAUCGGCCAGCUGAUCAUUGAGUUCCACGAGUGA